AUGCCUGCGCCAACGCCGCCGAAAUCCGUCAAAGGCUCUUGCUCGGUCAUCAACGGCGACACACUCUACGUCUUCUCGCCUGACGCCUUCCAGUCGAUCCAGCUACAGGACAAUUCAACAUGGCAAGAGCUGGACAGCGGCGUGUCGGUGACAGGAGGAGCCUGUGUGACAGCAACGAUAGACAACAGCGACAAUCAAGCACUCUAUGUGAUUGGAGGCACUACGAAUUCCUCAACUAGUGGCUAUAGUGGCCUGCAGCGAUUCUCCUUCGAUGACAACAGCUGGGAAACAGUACAACUACCUUCAGAUGUCAUGCGGAACCGACUGCGGCAUGGCGCAAACUUCAUUCCCAGAGACAAGAAGCUCGUUGUGUAUGGCGGGUCAGCAAUACAAGGCUAUACAGGAGCCUCUUCAGAAACUUUCACAAUCGAUCUCCAGCCGCCAUAUCCAGUCGCUGGAUACUCGUCGAACAGCGCACCGCCUGCCUCGAGACCCUUCAUAAUGCCUUGGGGAGACGACAGUGUUGUGUAUACCGGUGGAAGUAGCACGAAUCGCAAAAUCUAUACUUUCACAGCUGGAGGAGGAUGGGUUGAGUUCAAGUUGGACUUGCCUCAGCCUCUACCGGAUCCAUCAGUCGCUCAGGUCAGUAUGUUCAAUCUAGCCGCGGAUGCGUUCGAAGACAUGCAGGUCAUACAAAUGGGACAGGAGCCAAUAGGUGUGACAUCGUACGUUAUACUGGGGCCAGGAGCACAGCCACCAGCAACAGUUGAGACCAUCGGAGCAGCUACACCACCGUCGGUGUUGGCUGCGCGGCAGGAAUCGCUCAGCAAUUACCCAGCGUACAAUGGGAGCUCUGUGCCAAGUACAACAAGGACGGACUUCUCAAGUGCGCAAGGAAACAAUGGAAUACUGGCUUUGGUCGGAGGCGACGACGACGGCUCAGUCACAUUCUUCAGUCAGGCCGACAACACUUGGGUAGCCGCAGAGCAAGUACUGGGUGAUGCGCCGCAGCAAGUCAUACAGCCAUCGACAACCGCGCCCUCAUCGUCCAGCACAACUCCCACUGCCACACGGACAAGCUCACCAAGUGCUACAUCUGCGGCGGCGAACAAGAAUGAUGGCAAUGGGAGCCGCACAUGGACGAUCCUAGGUGGCGUGCUUGGUGGGCUGUGCGGACUGGUCGCCAUCCUGAUCAUCAUUCUGCUUUGCAUACGGAAUAAGCGCCGCGAGAAGAAGCGGGCUGAAAGCAAGCACAAGUCCUAUCCUGCCGGCAAAAAGGGCAGCUCUGACUUUGAUUUCGAAGACGGCAUGCACCCGCUCCGCGAGAAUGGACAACCAAUGGCAGAUCCCCUCAUGCCUCACAAAUAG